GUUUUAAUUUAAGACAAAAAAAUGCGACCAAAUAAAUACUUAUUGAGUCGAUUAAUAUUGAUUGCCUGUGGGUCGUUCAGUCCACCAACCGCGAUGCAUUUCCGUAUGUUUGAAAUAGCGCGAAAUCAUUUCAUGGAGCGUAUGAUGUAUGAAGUAAUCGGUGGCAUAGUGUCACCAGUGCACGAUGGUCAGCAGAAGAGCGGUCUGGCUGCAGGCAGACAUAGAUUAGCAAUGCUGAGGCUGGCACUGCGUUCAUCCAGCUGGAUACGACUUUCCGACUGGGAAUUACGACAGCCACAAUGGACUCCAACGGUUGACGUGCUGAAAUAUCAUAAAGAUUGUAUAAAUAAUAUACUAACAAUAAAAGCAGAACGUAAGCAAAAUAUUGUGCUUCCAGAAUGGCUGCCACCGGAAUUGCUUGAGAGUGCAAAUGAAGUACAGUUGAGAUUUUUAGUAGGCGCUGAUCUGCUGGAAACGUUCGCCAAGCCGGAGUUGUGGACCACUGAGGAGAUUCAAAAUAUUGUGUGCAAUUAUGGCUUAGUGGUGCUUACACGCUUUGGUUCGGAUGUGGAUAGAUACAUUUUUGAAUCGGAUAUAUUGUCGAAAUAUCGUGGCAACAUCGAGUUGGUGAUAAAUUGGACGACGAACAAUUUGAGUUCGACUUUGGUGCGUCGCUUAUUGAAACGCGGCCAAUCUGUGAAGUAUUUGAUUGAUGAUGAUGUAAUUGAGUAUAUCCGAAAACAUAAACUAUAUGACUGCAAAUGAUAAAUAUUUUAGAUUUUAUGUGCAUAAUAUCGUCCCCCUUACGCCAGAAGCAUGAAUGUGCAAAUUUUCCUAUUUCGACUUAGUGAGUUGACUUGAUUAACCUUUGGACGUUCUAUGUUACACCA